CCAGUUUCUCAUUAAUAAACAAGAAUCAAGAGAUGACAUCUUUUCUAGCUAAGCUCUGCUUUGGACUAUCUCAGUUUCUAAUGUUCCGAGUCCUGACAGCAUAUGAUCCCACAAAAGGAUUCGUUUCUUUGCCAUUCAAUACAUCUGUUUACCACAUUCAAAAGCCAUACGACAAGCAAGAGAAUCAGCGGUACAGCUUCAAGAACGGAGUCCACAAAUUAUGGGUUUUUGCCAAUGAUAAACCUCACACCACAACUAGCCACACAAAGCCGAGGACUGAGAUUGCUAUCCAAGGGUAUGGUUACUCCUCAGGAGUAUGGGAAUUUGCAGCAGACGCGUACAUUCCAAAAGGAACCACAGGAGUGUGCAUAAUGCAAGUAUUCGGGGCUGCACCUCAUGCCACAACCCUCAUGCUCAGAGUUUACGAUGGCGCGCUCAUGUACUAUCAACACACUGUCUUGGUUGGCAACAUCUACAAUCGAUGGUUCCAUCUAAAUGUUGUGCACCACGUCGAGGCGGCUAAAGUAAUGGUGUACAUAGAUGGAAAGCUCAAGUUGACAGCAGAUGGUCGCGGGGGACACUCUCAUGCUUUCAAAUGCGGCGUUUAUGCACAAAAUAGUGAUUCAUUUCGCAUGGAGUCCCGGUGGAAGAAUAUCCAAGUUUUAAAGCACAUCUGAAUGCUCAAAUUGUUGCGUUAUACUUAUAUAUGUAGCCAUCUGUGUAUUGUGUAAUGCAUUUUGUUCUGUUAUUCGAAUGUCUCAGAUGGGAUCUUCAUC